UCAAUCUGGCAUUUCUUUAGUUCAGCCACCAUCGCUAUCUCCAUCAACACUGAAGCCGAGGCUAUUAUUUGCUAGUUACUCUUCUAAAAAAUUGAGUCAAAAGACAUACAGACUAUUAUCAACUCAAAACUUUUUGGAGUUAUGGGUGCUCAUGGAUCCAACUUGGAUGAAAUCCUUGCUGAGGACAUGCACCACUGGUACAAUAAGUUCAUGAGGGAGUCUCCAUCUGGGCUCAUUACCCUGUUUGAGCUAAAGAACAUGCUACAGAUGCAGGGCAUGACUGAGGAGGCUAGCGGCUAUGUUGACCAGGUCUUCUACACAUUUGACAUGGAUGGGGAUGGAUAUAUUGAUUUUGUAGAAUAUAUAGCAGCUGUAAGUUUGCUACUGAAAGGAGAGAUCAACCAGAAACUGAAGUGGUACUUCAAACUUUUUGAUCAAGAUGGCAAUGGAAAAAUUGACAAAGACGAGAUGGAGACCAUAUUUAAGGCUAUUCAGGAUAUCACUCGGAUCUAUGAUGACCCUCCGGAGGACAUUGUGGCACUCAUUUAUGAAAGGAUAGAUGUUAAUAAUGAAGGUGAGCUGACAUUAGAAGAGUUCAUUACUGGUGCUAAGGACCAACCUGACAUAAUGGAGAUGCUCACCAAGAUGAUGGACCUGACUCAUGUGUUGGAGAUUAUAGUCAAUGGACAAAAGAAGUUGGCCAGUGUGUAAUGUCAAUUCAUUGCAAACUGUAUGGGAUUAGUUAUAACUAUUAUCUGGAUAUUACUGAAUGCUGUGAGUUCUAAUCAUAGCAGGUGUAGUUAAUAUGCUGAAUUAGUUAAACAGUGAAACUCCAUGAAGGAUUUAAGUGAGUAAGAAGUGUGUAAAGAAACAUCAAACCAAUUUAUGAUAAUUAAUAGUUAUGGGAUAGUCAAAAUGGUGUCUAGAAGAUAUUGCUUAUGUUGUGAGCCUUUUAAUUGUGUGUUUUUUUUGCAUUAUUGGUUAUUAUAUGUAAGUUGCUGUACAUUGUCACUAUAUUUAUGGCAUUUGGCAGAUGCCCUUAUCCAGAACAUUUAUCUUAUUUAUUCAACCCCCAAUGACUGCAGUUGAGGGUUAAGGGUCCUGCUGAACAGUGGCAGCUAUGCAGUGAACUCAUGGCCUUCCAAUCAGAUGUCCAGGCCUUAAUCAAAAGGCCUUAACCACUGAGAUACAAUCUCUACCAUCAGCAUAAAUCACUAGGCUUCUAAUACAAUAGCAACACUGUGUUGGAAAACGCAUGCAAUAGGGUUUUACAUAGAAUCAUUAAGGUUUUCCCACAGAUACCUGGUUUCCCCAAAAACCACAUACUUGUACAAAAGGUAUAAAAUGAUUUGAUGUCUUUGUUUGCAUCAACAAAUCAAAUUGUUUUCCAGAAGUAAUAAGUAAUGCAGCUGGAUUAACUACAAAAUUAUAUCAUUUCAAAUAAUUUUGAAACCAAUGAAAAUCUUUAGCGUUAUUGUUUAGGUCUGCAGCAUUUCUUCAUAUAGUAUAUUUUCCAUUGUUUCCAUAGAAUAGACUUGAGCACAGACCCUUUGUGUACUAUGUGAAUAUGUACCACAAUGUUAUACUUUAUAUGGGCUAGUAAGGUUUCGAAUAAUUUUAUGAUGAUGCUAUAUAAUGUCUCUCAAUGUUGCCUUAAUUAAAUCAGAAUUUGCUAAA